AUGGCACCACCUGCUCCAGCGCCCUACCGUCUUUCAAGCAAGUGGCUCCUCCUCCUUUCCGCCUGCGUGCAGAACGCCUCCUGCACGGGCCUCCUCUUUGGCUUCGCAGCGCUGCGGCCUCUGCUCCUCUCGCUCGACGGAAGCUGCGACGAGUCCGUCUCGCGGGCCUUUACGCUCGCCGUCACCGUCAACAUGCUGGCGCCUCUCCUCCUCGCCGGACCGCUGCUCGACGUGUGCGGCCCGCGGGCCUGCUCCUGCGCCUGCACCGGCCUCGUCGGCGCCGGGUUCCUCCUGUUUGGCCUCUCGCCCUCCUUGCCUGGCGGCGCGGGCGCAGCCUACGUCCUGCCUUCGAUGCUGCUAAUCGGCGCCGGCGGGCCCGGCUGCCAGCUGUGCCUCUUCCACACAGCGAACCUGUUUGCGGCGCGCGGCAUGGUUAUGAACCUCAUCACCGCCUCGAUCGGCGCCUCCUUCGUCACGUUUGAGCUUCUGGCGCGGCUCAGCUCACCGGCGGAAGAGGUCUCGCUGCAGCGCGCCUUCCUCGGCUACUCGCUCCUCCCGCUCGCCUGCACCUGCGUCAGCGCAGUCACCAUGCCCGACUCGCCCUUUGACGCCAGGGUGGCCGACGGCGGCGCCGGCGCCACGGCGAGGCGGUCGCUUGCGUCUCGAGGCGGCGGAGGCGGCGCGGCGCGGCCGAUGGUCUUCAUCCUGCGCAAGAGGUCCUCUCACAGGCCAGCCCUGCGCUCCGGACAGCUGAGCGAGCCGCUCCUCGGCCCGGCCCGUGCGGCGUGCGAUCUCCGCGCAGAGUUGGACACGGACGGCGACGCGGCCACAGGCGGCGGCAAGGUGGGCAAUGGCGGCGCGGGAUACGGCGGCAAGGUGGGCGGCGGCAGCGGCGGCGGUGGCGGCAGCAGAGGGUGUGCGCAAGGCGAGCUGAUCGGAGCGUCGCUCCGCAGGCAGCUGCUCUCUGCGCCGUUCGCCGAGGUUUCUGCGUCGUUCGCGACGAGCGCGCUUUUCUACCAAACUUUCCUCGGCAGCUUGGGCGAGCAGGCGCAGGCGACGAUCCGGCAGCGGCAGCCGCUGCUCAGCGACGAGGAGGCGUCCGCACUCGCCGCCUCGUACGUCUCGACCUUCCUCUCCCUUGCCCCCCUCGGUGCGCUGCUCAACGCACCGCUCGGCUACUGCAUCGACAGACUCGGCUUCGAGCCGAUGCUCGCGGUCACAUUGCUCGCCGGCGCCGGCCACGCGCUCGCCCUGUACUACGGCGCGUUUGCGGCGGGCGCCGCGGCGUUCCUGCUGCUCACCGCCGCCUCCUUCUCGUACAUGUACGCCUUCCUCGCCUUCACGUUUGGCUUCGAGUACUACGGGCUUCUCGCGGGCAUCGCCCAGUCGGUCGCGAGCGCCGCCACUUUUGCGCUUCAGCCGAGGCUCCACGCCGCUGCCGCCGGCCCGGGCGGUUGGCGCCGCGUCCAGCUCGCGCAAGCCGCGGCGUUUGCGUGCCUCGCCGUCGGCAUCGUCGGCGGCCGGCUCCUCUGCCGCAGGGCGGGCGCGGCCGGCAGCCCGCAGGCCACCAGCCGGCGCAGCGAGGCGCGGCCGGCGGAACGAUCGUACUCGGCCGGCGAUUUGCAUGCCACGCCGAGCAGCUUGCCGUUCAGACGGAGGCCGGACCUCUUCCCUCACGCCGACGACAUCUUGGUGAUGGACGGCGCCCUCGCGCACUACUCGCACGCCGCGUACCGGCUCGAGGCGUCGAUCGAGUCGCCCGGCCGCGACGGGCGGCAGGGGCAGCAGCUCACGCCGAGUAAGUUUGCGUCGCAGCUCGCUGUGGCCGCGGUGGCGCCGCCUCGCCCAUAG